AUGCCGGCAACGACGGAGCCAAUGCCCGACGAGGGUGAACCGAUGGGACACGCGUCAGCAGCUGAUGCGCUUUCAGCCUUCAUGCACGCACUUGGUGUCCCGCCUCGAGAGCAGGACCCUGCUGCACGCGGCGCGAGCGAGUACGUCGGCGCGGGUAACGGCACGCUCGGGGGCCAUCAGCAAAAUGGUCAUACUUUCGGGAGGCAGAAGAUUGCACAAUUGACUGCGACGUACAACAACAUUGCUGUGGAAACUGUCAAUUUUCACGUCUGCGCUCCCGAGCCAUUUGUGCAUGUUUUGUUCCGCACGAUCAGGCACUCAGCUAGAGGCAUACUCACAUUCCUCGGCGAGUUCCCCUUCGCAAUCAGCGUCCUGAGCGGCUUGUCCCUGGAGUCGGCAAUCGAGUACCUCCUCUACCCCAUGAGGCAGCUCUUCAUGUAUCCCUUCAGGCUGGUCUUCAACGGCGAGUAA